GAAUUUGAUUCCUGUUGUUCCAGGUGGCAGGGCCAGUACCAUUGGGGAGUCUCCUAUCAGGGCCUGAGCACGUCAUCGCUGGCGAGACCCGCACCCUCUCCUCACAAGGAACUCUCUGUGGUGCUGAGCAGCAGUGAGACAGAGAAGGUUAAGCAAGCUCUGGUGCCCCUGUGUGGCCGGAGGAUGUAUCACGCCUCAGGAGCCGGCUAUAAGGUUCUCUGUGUAAUUCUGGGCCUGGUGGACGCAUAUGUCUUUUCUGAAGACACGACCUUCAAGUGGGACUCCUGCGGCCCUCACGCCAUCCUGCGCUCCCUGGGGGGAGGGGUGGCAGACCUGGCAAGCUGCCUGAGUCACCCGCACGGGGGUCUGCCCGAACUGAAGUACCACCAGCCACGGCAUGGGGUGCAGGGGGCAGAGAGGUGGGCGAACCACGGGGGCUUGGUGGCUUUCCUCUCUGAGAAGCAUUUGAAAGAGAUUCUCAGCGCUCUGUCUGGAAGCGUGCUGCAGUAG